ACUAGUUUACGCUGCAGCCUGACGGCGGAGGCUCACCGCUGUGGGAUGGGGCUGUGAGGCGUUCAACAUGGCGGCGCCCUGUGGAGUGCAUCUACUCUAACAGAGGUGCCUGGAGACUGCGUCGGUGGGUGGGCCCCAGGAGUCCUCCAGGCAAGCCGGGACUGACACUGUGAGAGAAGCACUGCCACCACCAUGGCCCGGGAGCAGCCCAACGUGGGGGACCUCCUCCCGCUCCUGGAGACCUCCGACCUCCAGCAGCUCGAAGAGAUCCGAGGCCUGAUCAACGAGCAUCUCAACACCGAGCGAGGCUCCUUGUUACUGAACGGCCUGGUGGAUUACUUUUUGGAAACCAACUCCGCCCAGGCCAUGCAUAUCCUCUCUUCUGUCAGAGAGCCACACGAUAAGACGGACACAGAUGUAGUCGUGCUCAUAACCGGGGUUCUGGUGCUGAUCACUCUGCUGCCGAUGAUCCCUCAAGCUGGGAAACAACACCUGUGGGAGUAUUUUGAUAUUUUCGGUCGUCUGGCGUCGUGGAACCUGAAGAACCCGGGCCAUGUUUCAGAGGUCCACCUGAUCCACCUGCACGCCAGCGUUUACUCGCUCUUCCACAGGCUUUACGGCAUGUACCCGUGCAACUUCGUGUCCUACCUGCGCUCCCACUACAGCAUGAAGGAGAACAUGGACACCUUUGAGGAGGUGGUGAAGCCGAUGCUUGAACAUGUUCGAAUACACCCUGAGCUGGUGACGGGAACCAAAGACCACGAGCUGGACCCCACCAGAUGGAAAAAGUAUGAAAUCCACGAUAUCGUCAUUGAAUGUGCCAAAGUCUCCCUAGACCCCAAGGAGGCCUCCUGCGAGGAGGGCUACACCACCAUGCCUGAAAACUUUAACCCCCAGCUCCACCUGCGGCCGCAAGACUCCACUUCGAGCCCGUACACAGACCUCCACAGCAGCUAUGGAAGCUCUUCGUCGACCCCGUUCUCCACUCCGCGGCAGCCGCUGCCCCCGCCCCUGUCCUUGCCCCCCUUCUCAGGGACACAGUCCUCGUACCGCAGCCCGCAGACCUCCAGACGGCAGAACUCCACCUGUGAACUGAACUCUUCCUGUGGGGGGAAGGACCCUCUGUGGAGCCCCUCCUCUUUGUGUGGCAUGGCCACGCCCCCUUCCUCGAGGGGCAUGUCGCCCAAUCUGGAGCUCUCCCACAGUGCCUCCCACUUUCCGAGUCGCUUCCACUGCACAUCAGGGGGGAAAGGAACGCCGGCCUCCAGCACUCCCGCCACCUCCUCCCCGCCUCCUGCUCUGUCAGAUGACUUCCCUGUUAUCUCCUUACCAGCCAACACGGUCCAGUCCAGUCCUCCGAGAAGAGAUCGUCGGCAAGGAGAAACCGGCAAACCUGGACUGGUGAGACAGGAACCGGUCAGAGAGACGGAGAAGAACGUAGAGGGGUCCACCAUCAGAGACGCAGGAACGUCAGCGAACGUGUCGAUGACGCUGACGGAGCUGUCGGUCUUCAUGAAGAAGCAGGAGCUGGACCUUCAGCUGCGAACGGAAAAGGAGAGAGAAGAAGCUGCCAUCACCGAGGAGCUGCUGAAGCUCACCGAGGAUAAGCAGGAGCUGCCGGACCUGCGGGGCUUCGACUCUCCUUUCUUUCACACCACCGAGACCCUGACCGGCAGCCAGACGCAGGACAAGACCUCCUCGGACCCCGGAGCCCCCGCCCGGGAACGGCGCCGCGCCGCGUCCACGCCGGACAAGACCGAGGUCUCCGUCGGCAGCGACAGGGGCCUCGCCGGAGGGGACUGCAGGAGCUCCUCCCUGGAGCAGUCCUGGUCCUUCCAGUCCGGCUUCACCCCCAUCGAGCAUCACUUGCACAGGAGCCCGUCGGCGCCCGAAGACGAGGCAGGAAAAUUCGGGACGCUCUCUCCGAGCCCGUGCGGCAAGACCCCGGCGCCGGUGCCCUACGAGUCGUUCUUCGACCUGGCCCUGCCCCGGGCCGCCUCGCUGUUCAUGGGCCAGAGGACGUCCGAGGCGGUCCACAAGUCCACGAUGGAGAGGCUGCUGCAGCGGGAGGAGGGGCUGGAGGACGGCGAGGAGGAGGAGGAGGGUUUCGUGUCUGCUUCGCCACUGGAGGUGCUGGAUCGCCUUGUUCAGCAGGGGAGUGACGCCCACGAUAAAGUUCUCAAGAGAUUACCUUUGCCAAGUAAGUCAGCUGACUGGACACAUUUUGGAGGCUCGGCUCCUCUGGACGAGCUGCACACGCUGCGCAGCCAGCUGUUCCUGCUGCACAACCAGCUGCUGUACGAGCGCUACAAGAGGGAGCAGCACGCCGUCCGCAACCGCCGCCUCCUCCGACGCAUCAUCAACGCCACCGCGUUGGAGGAGCAGAACAACGCCAUGAAGGACCAGCUGAACCUGCAGAGCGUGGACAUCCUGUCCCUGAGGGAGAGUCUGCACGUGGAGCAGCAGCGCUACCGGCAGCUGUGGGACGACCGCGAGACGGUGGUGACCCGGCUGCACAACCAGAUCCGACAGCUGCAGCAGAGCCGGGAUGACUUCUACACCAAGAACCAGGAGCUGCAGAGCAAGUUACAGGAAAGUCAGAAGAGGAUGGACGAGCUGGAGGCGGAGCUUCAGAGAGCCAACAAUAAAGUGGGACACACCGGUCACCUCCUCAACCAGAUGACUGUCAAACUGAGCAACAGCGAGAGCACCCAGCAGCAGAUGAGCUUCCUGAACAAGCAGCUGCUGCUCCUCGGGGAGGCGCAUAAGCUGUCGGUGCAGGAGCUGGAGCACGCAGGAACCAGUAAAACAAAGGAGGCUCAGAUGCUGCAGAAGUCUCACGCCAAGGAAGUGGAGACGCUCCGGCAGAGCCUGGUGGUCCAGGGCCAGAAGCUGGAGGCGGCGCAGCAGAGGGUCGCCGAGCUGGAGACCCACCUCUCCAAGAAGGAGCACCUCAUCGCGGAGCAGAAGAAGUUCCUGGAAGACGUGAAAUGUCAGGCGAAGGCGGAGCUGCAGGCCUCAGACAGCAGGUACCAGGCUCAAAGGAGGAUCGCUCAGCUGCUGCAGACUGAACUCCUGCAGCUCUACAGCCGGGUGGAGAUGGAGGCUCCGGCCGGUCCCGGCAGCUGCAGCAGGAGCAGCAGCAGGAGCAGGAGUUCACCUCCAGGGGGCAGAGUCGACACGCACGCUGCUGCAGCCUCCAGCGUGGUGAUGCCAGAUGGACCAAGUAGAGUUCACCCCCGUGAGGCGGCGGGCGGCAGGUCGCCUCACGGUUCGCCUCGGGGCAACGGCACCACUUUACCGUCGAGGCAGCCAAAGGCGAGCAACUCUUCCAAGUCUGCGGCCAGCUCCAUGAACGGAGGUCAGGACUUGACUCCGCCUCCUCCGCUGCCGCCGCCGCUGCCGCUGCUGGUGGAGCCCGCCCAGUCCUGCCCCCACGCCAACCUGCUGGCGUCCCUGCCGGCUUCAGACGCGCCGCUCACCGUGGGCUCRUACCCCAGCGCCAAAAGCUUCCUGGGCAUGAAGGCCCGCGAGCUGUUCCGCAACAAGAGCGAGAGCCAGUGUGACGAGGACCAGCCGCCKCCGCCGCGCCUGGCCGGCCUCGCCCACGGCCUGAAGACCGAGCUGUGCGUGGAGCCGCCCCCCGCCCCCGCCGACGGGCCAGGCGGGGGCGGGGCGCCCUCGACAGCAGCAGCUAAAGAUCAUGGACUACAACGAAACGCACCACGAGCACAGUUAGGGGGGGGGGGCGUGAAAACCAGGGGAGAGACUUGAGACGGAGAAAAGCUACAAAAACACAAAGUUCACAAAUCUUUGGCAUUCAGUGUUAUUUGUCCCGUUUUUCUGAGUGGACAGCAGGAAUUCCCAACAAAACUCUUCCUUUUUUUAAUCAUUUAAAACGAAAAAGAAGAAAACAUCCAGUGUUUGAGUUGAACGAUAAGCUAACAGGAACCUCAUGCAGUUCUGUACGUGWCAAACUGUGAAUCUCUUUUUUUCACUUCAGACAAAAAAAAUCAGCUUUAUUUAACCCAGAAGAGCGCCUCAUGAAGGAAAUUAUGUUCUUUAAUACCUCCAGUCUGUUUUUUGUUCCUUUUUUUAGUGCAGUUUAAUCCCGUCGUCGUCUGGAAGGAGAGUGUAACAGGUUUUAACAAAAUAAAAGCAUAAACCGAAGAGACUUUUCAAAAUAAMUUGUUUAAUUUAAUGAAAUGUCAUAUUGACCCCCAGCUGCAGCUGUUUUAUUACAUUUAAACGACACAAAAACGUCCUUUUGCGUAAAGAUUCAUGUUUCAACGGGUCCGAUGCGUUUCCUUCCUGGACUUCUGAUAAUCCACUUUGUUUUUGUUUUUGUUGUUUUUUAUUAUUAUUUUUCUAAAGAGUCAAAGUGAUGAAAGCCGUUAGAAGCCUGUUGUCCACUGGGAACUCCUGCUGUCGCUUCCUCCUGCCUUCGCUAUCUAAAGCAUGUUCAACAACCCUCUUCAGUAACUACAGCAAACCCGGACCGCGGGUCCAAUCAGCACAAACGGACGGAACCAGAACUCUGCUCGGGAAGCAAACAGGAAGUUCUUGAAGCGGUGGCUUGUGUUUAACUGUGAACAAUAAAGAUCGUCUUCGAUGUUUUGCACUACA